UCCUCAGUUGCAGAGUAUUUAAAAGCAAGGGAGUGGCAUCUUAGUUCCCGUCAUCUCUGUGCAGGAUCUUCUCUGUGAGCUGCAGGAACAAGGGACAGAGCCAUGCCUGGAAUUGUUUGUACUAACCUGAAUAUUGCACCUGGCCAGCGUGUGGCUGUGAAAGGUGAUGUUCUACCAGGAGCUAAGAGUUUUGCAAUAAAUCUGGGCAAAAGCCCAGAUGUUCUUCUACUACACUUCAAUGCACGUUUUGAUGCUCAUGGAGAUGUAAAGACCAUUGUGUGCAAUUCCAAGAACAAAGGACAAUGGGGGAAAGAACUCAGGGAGACCAACUUCCCUUUCCAGGAGGGUACCACUGCUGAGGUGCUGUUCACACAUGACAAAAAAGAAGUGAUUAUUACACUGCCUGGCAACCAUCAGGUCAAGUUUCCCAAUGAAACUGGUUUGGAAAACAUUGAAUUUGUCUGCAUAGAUGGAGACCUGAAUUUCAGAUCCCUCUCACUUGUUUAACCAUCCUUUCCUUUGUCCUACUCACCUUUCUUGCUUAAUAAGGCAACAAAAUAAAUGCAACUGAAUUCUG